AAAAAUUUCAAAUCUCAAUUCUUCUGAGAGUUUCUUCUUUCUUCUUCUUCUUCAUCUUCUUCUUCUUCUUCUUCUUCUUCACAAACUCGGAUGAUUCAUCUUGGACGAAUCAAAGAUGUACUCGUCUUCCAAUUUUCUUCAAUUUCACUCAACAGCAACAACAACCGCCAUACCUAUACCAAACGCCUCUCCGUUUAUGCUCCGCCGUAGCUCAUACGGCUUCGGUGUGUUUCACAGGAAGCGAGCUCGUUUCAAACAACAGACUCGGAGUUCGUUUCGCGUAAAUUCCUCAAUUCUCCCUCCUCCUUUCGAUGGCAGCGUUCCUCUCGAUUCCUUUGCUCCAUCCGUCGCCGGAUUCGCUUCCGGCUUUGCCGUUUUUCUAUCGUCGAGGUUGUUUGGAAGAAGAUCAUCAAUCGUUGAUGAUGACGUUGUUGCUGGGGAAUGGAUUCUUCUCACGACUCCUACGCCGUUUAACAGAUUUGUUCUUCUCCGUUGCUCCUCUUUGUUCUCCUUUGAUGACUCUUCUGAGAGUUUAAGCGACAGACUCGUGACUGAUGAGAGGCAUUUCGUUACUUCGGAUACCGGGAAGAUUACUGUAUCGUCUCCGGAUGAGAAGACUCCGUUGGAGUAUCAGAGGGUUUGUAUCACUACUGAGGACGGUGGCGUUGUAUCCCUUGAUUGGCCGGCUAAUUUGGACAUUAAGGAGGAGCGUGGGAUGGAUACGACGGUGAUUUUUAUACCUGGAACGCCGCAAGGCAGUAUGGAUGAAGGCGUUCGAUCUUUUGUAUGCGAAGCUCUGAGGCGGGGAUUGUUUCCUGUGGUCAUGAACCCUAGAGGUUGUGCUGGUUCGCCUCUCACUACACCUCGGUUGUUUACAGCUGGUGACAGUGAUGAUGUAUCCACAGCUUUGCGAUUCUUAACCAAGACAAGGCCAUGGACGACACUUACGGCUGUGGGGCGAGGGUAUGGUGCAAAUAUGUUGACAAAGUACCUGGCAGAAGCUGGGGAAAGAUCACCUCUUACAGCUGCUGUAUGCAUUGAUAAUCCCUUUGACCUUGAGGAGAUCACACGAACAUCUCCUUAUUCUACUAGUUUGGAUCAACAAAUUACAGGUGGAUUAGUUGAGAUAUUGCUGGCAAAUAAGGAGCUUUUCCAAGGCAGAGCAAAAGCCUUUGAUGUUGGAAAGGCUUUGUCUUCAAAAUCAGUUCGCGAAUUUGAUAAAGCCUUGUCCAUGGUGACAUAUGGUUGCGAGAGUAUAGAAGAUUUCUAUUCCAGUUGUGCAACCAGAGAUGUGAUUGGGGAAAUAAAAGUUCCUGUCCUCUUUAUACAGAAUGACAAUGUGGUACCACCUUAUACAAUACCACGGAGUUCAAUAGCUGAAAAUCCAUACACAAGUCUGCUUCUGUGCUCGUCUUCACCAGAUCUGAUCGAUGGACGUACAGUGGCCGUGUCUUGGUGCCAGGACCUUGCGAUUGAGUGGUUGACAGCUGUAGAACUUGCGCUUCUGAAAGGUCGUCAUCCACUUUUGAAAGACGUGGAUGUUACUGUUAACCCUUCAAAGGGCUUAGUUUUUUCGGAAGCCAGAGCACCUGAAAAAAGUAUCGGGGCCAAGAAGCUCGUACAGGCAGCCCAUAAAAAGACGGUGAAUGGUUACGAUGUAGAUCCUUUCAAGGAAACACUUGAAGACAGUGACAUCACCCCAAACUCAAAUUUGUCGACUGGAACAGAUUUAGAAAAGAAUGUUAAAGUCGAUAAUGGAUCUGAUGAAACAGAAAAUAGUAGAGUUUCAACAAGCAGUCUUGUUGAAGUUGAAUCAAUCGAAGAUAAUGAGUCUAACGUAGAAGAAAGUGAAAGAGGUCAGGUGUUGCAGACUGCAGAAGUGGUUGUCAACAUGCUGGAUGUAACCAUGCCUGGCACCCUAAAAGAUGAAGAGAAGAAAAAGGUUAUGGAUGCUGUUGGUCGAGGAGAGACAGUUCUAACAGCAUUGCAAGAUGCCGUGCCAGAAGACGUUCGUGGGAAGAUUACAACAGCUGUAACUGGGAUCUUGCAGUCAGGUGGCACUAAAUUAAAUCUUGAAAAGCUGAAGCUUCCUAGGAUAUCACCAGGAUUGAAAAAAGCGGAGGAAGCAAAGAAAGAAACAUCAAGUGCCAUAGAUCAAAAGGAUUCUCAUUCUCCCGAUCCGAUAGAUAAGAGCGAUGAUUUGGUGAGUGGCUCAGACGACACCAUUACUGGCUCGGACAAUUCUCCAGGUGGAAUAGAACUAGAGCAUUCCCCUACCGAGGUUUCCCAGAAAGACGGUGAUUCUGGAAAGUCCCAACCUGUUGACAGUGAUCAAGAUGAUAGUCUUGGAAAUCACGAGUCAUAUACCAAUGAAAAGAACAGUGCAGCUGAUGGUUCUGAGAAUGCUUCCGAAGCAAAGAGUGAUAGUGUUAACCAGGGGCCAAUCGGCACAGAGGAUGUCACUAGUAAUGAUGACAAAGUGGAGCAAGGUUCUGGAGUAGUUACGGUUCAAAGACAGGUAGAAACUAAGAAACACGAUGAGAAAGGAGCACCAAUUGCUGAUGAAAAAUCCAGUGUAGCUGAUGCUUUCGAGAAGGCUUCAGAUACAAAGAAUGAUAGUAUCAACCCACCGCCAGUUGGUGUAGACGAUAUAACUAGUGAUGGGGACAAAGUGGACCAAGCUGCUGUACUAUCUCAACAACAAAGAAAGGAGGAAACUAAUAAAAAUAAUGAUAACGAAAAACAGUCUGCCACAGAUCAAGACAAGGUGACAUCUACCGACAAUGAAGGAGAUGCUGGAAAAUCUUCUGCUUCACAGCCUGUAGAGAAAGACAUAAGUGAUGAUCAGAGCAAAGAAACCAAAAUUAUGCAGCCUGUAUCAGACCAAACUAAGCCAGCAAUUCAGGAACCAAAUCAGUCCAAAUUUAAUGUUUCCCACGCAUUUGAAGCAUUGACGGGGAUGGAUGAUGAAACUCAGGUAGCUGUCAAUAGUGUUUUCGGUGUGCUCGAAAACAUGAUUUCUCAGCUGGAUGAAGAAAAUAAAGAAGGAAAUGAGGUAAGUGAUGAGAAGAAUCUCAAGGAUACGAAGACUCUCAACGAUGAGAAGAAUAUCACUAAUGAGGCAAUGUCUCCAUCUGAAGAGGAAAUUCUCGACAAGAGAGAAACCGAGAGCCUUAUGCCCUCUGAAAACUCACAUGAUCCUGCAUGCAUUGUGAAUGAAACAGAAAAAAGUUCUGAAAGUGAUAAGGUAACAGGGGAAAUGAUUGAAAAAGAUUUGGGCAGAGAUGAAUUUGUGAAUGGUAAGCAUUCACCAAAGGUUCUACCUGAAAGAAAUACAGAUUCUGUCGAAAAUUCUUCUCAUGAUGGAUACCGUGGAUACCGUGGGGAGAAACUUUCAAAAGAAAAGAUUGCAAAGCAGUUAGACUUAGAUACAACCACUGCUCUCAUGCUUGACUAUUAUCCAGAGGAAGGUGAAUGGAAACUCCUUGAUCAACAACCAGAACACUUGGAUAAUGACUAUUAUCCAGAGGCAGGUAAAUGGAAGCUCCUAGAUCAACAACCAGAAUACUUGGGUAACCUUGCCGACAAUGCAGCAGCCAGCAGAGAUACGCACGAAAAUGUUCAGGUUCAUUCCCUUAGUGUAGGUAAUGAAGACAACGUCAUUGAGCCUGCAUAUAUGAUAUUGAACCAUGGACAAGAGUCGGAGCUCUCCGAAAUGCAUGAUGCAACGGACAAUCAAAAUGAUGGUCCUCACAAAUUAGACGAAGGAUGUGAGGAAUUAGAGCACCUCAUUAAAGUUAUUGUAUCGGACUCUUUGAACGUAGAAGUUCAACGCAGGAUGGGUUCAGCUGGCAUGAGACAAAUUAAGUCUCAACUCAGUAAGGAUAUAAGAAUGGUGGCAAAGACAUUUUCUUAUUCUGUUGUAUAUGCAGAGCCUACUUGGACUUUCAUAAGGAAUAGCAAAACUUCCAAUGGCCCUUCUGGAAAAGUAGGUAAACUUCAUGGGGACGCUAUCAUUAGGGCAAUUGCAUCUGCUGUCCAGGAGGCGCAUUUUCUCAGACAAGUACUGCCUAUUGGUGUUGUUGUUGGCUCUGUUUUAGCUGCUUUGAGAAAGUAUUUCGAUGUGUCUACAACAACCAACAGUGCUAAGAGAGAUAUUGUCCCGGGUAGAACACAAAAGUACGAGAACAAUGGUGCAGCGAAGAGGGUUCUGCCAGACAAAGUGAGCAAGGAGACCCAACAAAACAACUCGACCAUUGGAGAAAUGGUGGAAUCUGGCCUGCAAAAUAUUAACAAUGAGGGUGUCAUGGUUAGUGACAAUGGUGCAACAACGAGUGUUGUGCCAAGCAAAGUGAGCAAGGAGAGCAAACAAAACAACUCGACCAUUGGAGAAAUGGUGGAAUCUGGCCUGCAAAGUAUUAACAAUGAGGGUGUCAUGGUUGGUGCUGUAACAGCUGCUUUGGGAGCAUCUGCGAUGCUGGCUCAAGACGAGGAUCCACAAAGAGGUGGCUUCAUGUCAAAAUCAUCAGAGAAAGAUAGUCAACAUAAAGAAUCGGGAAAGCUCGAUCAGAGCAAUAUGGUGGCAAGUUUUGCUGAGAAAGCCAUGUCCAUAGCUGGUCCUGCUGUUCCAACAAAGGAAACUGGUGAAGUGGAUCAGGAUAGGAUUGUGGCAAUGUUGGCAGAUUUGGGUCAAAGGGGUGGUAUAUUGAAGUUAGUUGGCAAACUUGCUCUGCUUUGGGGUGGCCUUCGUGGUGCUAUGAGUUUAACUGAUAAGCUAAUCCAAUUUUUGCGUAUGGAUGAGUGGCCCUUGCUCAAGAGGGCUGUGGGCUUUAUUGGGAUGUUGCUCGUUUUAUGGUCACCGGUUGUGAUUCCAUUGCUUCCAACACUUCUCCAGAGCUGGUCUACAAGUAAUCCCUCUAGAGUGGCGGAAUUAGCUAGUGUAGUUGGCCUCUAUGUUGCUGUUUUUAUUCUUGUCAUGCUGUGGGGAAAGAGAGUACGGAAGUAUGAAAACCCAUUCAUGCAAUAUGGGCUUGAUUUUAAGGCAUCAGUCAAAGUAAAGAUUCAAGUGUUUUUGAAGGCCUUUGCAGGGGGCAUGACAGUCGUUCUAUUAAUACAGUUCGUAAAUGCAAUAUUAGGAGCUGCAAUCUUUUCUCGACCGCCAUAUUUUCCACAUCCUUUUGAUGCCAUGAAGUGUCUCAAGGGAUGCGGGCAAUUGCUUAUGCUAAUAGUAAGGGGAAUUACAGCUGCGACAUUUGUUGUGCUUGUGGAAGAGUUACUCUUCAGGUCAUGGAUGCCUGAUGAGAUUGCUAUAGAUCUAGGCUACCAUCAAAGCAUUAUCAUUACUGGUUUCAUAUUUGCCUUGUUCCAAAGAUCCCUGAGAUCAAUUCCAGGGUUAUGGCUUCUGUCGUUGGCGCUCGCUGGAGCUCGUGCAAGAAGCCAAGGAAAUCUGAUUGUUCCGAUCGGGUUGCGAGCAGGAACCAUAGCAACAAGCUUUUUACUACAGUCAGGUGGAUUCCUCACCUACAACCCAAGUUCUCCGGCUUGGAUUGCAGGGAGCCGCCCUUUACAGCCUUUUAGCGGAGUGGUUGGUCUUGGGGUCUCUUUAGCGUUGGCACUCAUUCUUUAUCCGAGACAUUCUCCAGAAACCAAGAUGCAGAAAUAUAAUUAAGAAGAAGGUAAACAAUAAGAAACGACAUGCUGUGCUCAUGCCCUCUCGGUGAUUUGCAGAGUGAAAACUGAUUUAUUGUGCGCAGAAGGAUAGAAAGGGAGUAGGUGAAAGUAAAAACAAUAAGGACAGAAGAAGAGCUUCGGAUCCGCAUACUUGUAAGUAGGAAGCAUAAGACCCUUUUUGUACAUCUUCUGUACCUAAUCGAGUAUAUGCUUUUGUUUAAGUACAAAGUAUCAUAACAGUGUAUACAUAAUAUAUAGAAGUUGUAUGUGAUCUUUUGGGUAUGUCAAAGCUGCUGUGUCGGUCUUGUUAUGGAGGCAGAGAUGAAAACUAAAGUUGCUUCAUAUCAUACAAAAAGAAGUUUAUUUUCAUUUCAGAAUCAUGUUGGCGUCUUUACCAAGGUAAAAGGGUUGGUAAAGACGCAGUUAUACACGACCUGAAGCUGCGUAAUGAGAUGGGGUAUAGUUUUCUACAAUCGGAGUCAGGAAGUUGGAAGUGCACGCAGAUUGUAGAUCUGCUACGAGUUGCUGUAAACAGAGUGAACUAAAUCAAAAGAAGUUGUUGGAGUUUUCUCGCAAGCCCGGAGUGAGGAGGAGACUGAGGUUUAGUUGCAGGGUUAUGCAGUUGAGAAAAGAUGUAAAUAAAGUAGAAUAGAGAAAGUGUUGCACAUGGGGGUUACUGAAAGUGUUGUUAAAGAUAUAUACGAGCAUAUAAGAAACUCAAGAAAGGAGCUUUGUCUAUAAAGAGACUCUGGUUGACCUUUUAAAUCUUGAUACUGGUCCCCUUGGACUGGUAGAUGAUUCAGAGGUAUUUAAAAGGUCGGAAGCACUAAGCUAAUUGCUGAAAUAGACAUACACAAUCUCAGCAACUUUGAGAAUGUUGUCUAUUUUGCAGAAUGGAUUCAUUUUGGAAAAUAUGGUGGAGGACGUGGUAGAAAGCAGGCAACAUUUACAGCAUUUAAUUGGCAACUGUGAAGCUCAAAGGCAAGUACGUGAAACUGCUUUGAACGACAAAACUUCAAGAUCACAUUAUAUUAUUGGGCUGUUAUGGAAGAAGAAACGAUCACGGAUCACCAUAUAGAGAAACUCGAAGCUUACAAGGAUUUUGCAAAAAUCACAAGGCGGGAAUGCAAUUAGAUGUACCGUGUACGACCCACUCUAAAGAGACAAAAAGACGCUUCUCCUGCCAUGACUGCGAAGGAAGUCGCCAACUGCGCCAAAGUAACUUGCUUGAUAACAAAGACGAUAUUUGACUUUGACAGAUACUGAAUCUUGCAGAAGUUAGUAGAUCGACUCAAAGAUGAGUACCCUCGGCUAAUGGCUGCACAUGAGGAAAUAGUUGAGAUAGAAUCAUACAGAAAGAGUAAAAAGGCAUUCAAAUUUAUAUUGAAGUAUUUUUACAUAAAUCAAUAUUAGAGAAUAUUUUCAGUAUGA